UUUUAUAGUAUUGAUCUGUUAUAAGAGCAGCAGUCAUGGCUACUAGCAAUGCUUCAGCAAGCCCAAAGGGAGGUCAUCUAAAGAGUUUCAUUCGCAGUGCAAGUCCCAAGGCCAAGAGCAUAGGAAGAAUGAUCAAAAGAAGGAGUUCCAACAAAGUCAAGUCACCAGCAACAGACAGGAGCCACCACUUAGACAACAGCUCUGACUCGGACACAAUUCUUCUGGAUUCCCUGGGAGGUCUCUCAUUGUCCCCAACCACUCCACUUUCAGGGGCUGCAGCGAGGUCUGGCUAUAGAGCUGUGGUGGCAAUUGACUUUGGCACCACAUACAGUGGUUAUGCGUACUCCUUCAGCAACCAUCCUGAAGAUAUCAGCCUGAUGAGGACCACCAAUGGAGGGAGAUAUGGGGGAGCAUCCACUCACAAGAUUCCAACCAUUCUUCUCUUAAAUGAUAAGGGAGGUUUUCACUCUUUUGGGCAUGAGGCACGAGAGGCUUACCAUGACCUGGACGAGAUCCAAGCAAAGAAAUGGCUCUACUUUGAGAAGUUCAAGCUGGAGCUACACACAAGAAAGGACUUGAACAUGAGCAUGGAGUUAGAGGCGUCCAAUGGGCAGAGGGCUCUUGCUACUAUUGUGUUUGGUCAUGCUCUACGCUUCUUCAAGGAGAGCUGUAUCAAGGAGCUUAACGAUGUCUCCAUUGUGCAAGCUGGGUUCUCCUCUGAUGAUAUUCAGUGGGUUGUCACUGUCCCUGCGAUUUGGAGACAGUCUGCCAAGCAAUUCAUGAGACAUGCUGCAGUACAGGCAGGACUGUUGAAGUCAGACAACUGGAAGCAGUUGAUAAUUGCCUUGGAACCGGAGGCCGCCUCCAUCUACUGCCAGAGCCUGCAUGCAAGGGAGUGUGUGCCAGACACACCACUCUCCCCCUCCAGACCAACAGCAGCCGGCUCCUCCUCACCCUCCACUGGGGCACCCACGUACAAACCUCCAGAGUAUCUGACACGAUCGUCUGCUCCAGAAAUUGAUCUGAGUUCGACUGGUGACAGUGACUGCACGAGGUACAUAGUGGCCGACUGUGGAGGAGGGACAGUGGACAUCACGGUACACGAGCUCACUCGUACAAGGAACCUCAAGGAGCUGCACAAAGCCACGGGUGGUACAUGGGGUUCAAUGGGCGUCGACUGUCAAUUUGAACUACUCCUCUCGGAUAUUUUCGGGGAAGAUUUUCUCGUUGAUUUUGUCAAGACUAAACCGAUCAGUUGGUUGGAACUUGUUAACACAUUUGAAACGAGGAAGUGUUCUUUCUGUCCGACCAAGCAAGUAGCAAUAAGCAUUCCUCUACCAUUUUCAUUAAUUGAGAGCUUCAUGGACAAGACGGGUAAGUCAGUACGAACAGCUGUGCAAGAGUACGGAGAGGAAGGUGUGCAGUGGACGUCACAAGGAAUGCUCAGACUCUCUCCCUCAAUAAUGAUGGAACUAUUUGAACCAGUUGUGAGCGCAAUUAUACAACAUAUUCAAGAAAUUCUUUCACUCCCAAAUUUGUCGAGAAUUGAAUAUCUAUUCCUUGUCGGAGGAUUUGCUGAGUCACCAAUAUUACAAGAUGCUGUUCACAACGCAUUUCGACCUUUCCUUAAAGUGGUCAUCCCACAAAAUGUCAGUCUGACUAUCCUGAAAGGUGCUGUAAUGUUUGGGCAUGAUCCGACUGUUGUUCAUGUGAGGAGAUCACUGUUCACGUAUGGAGUGGCCUGCUUAAACAGAUUCAUACCGGGGAAACAUCCAGAAGAGCUGAAAGUGGUCAGAGAUUGCAGUGAAUGGUGUUCGGGCAUCUUUGAUGCAUUUGUGUAUGCAGACCAAGCCAUCUCCCUCGGGCACGUGGUUACCAGGAGUUACACUGUGGCAGAAAAUACUGUUAAACAGUCGACUCUAAUUAAUCUUUACGCAAGUGAACAAGAAGUUGUUGAAUAUAUUAAUGAUCCGGGAUGCGUGAAAGUUGGUCAAUUGAAAUUUUGGCUCUCCUCCGAUGUGGAGAAAAGCGAUGAACCACGAGAGAUAAUACUGUCAAUGAUGUUUGGGGAAACUGAGAUCAGUGCUAAAGCUAUCGACUGUGCCAGUGGGCAAACUGCAAGUGCUUCUUUUGACUUUCUUACAAAAUAACUCAACUGUUCAUUGUACGUGUACGUGUGUGUUGAUGCAUUGAUGCAUUGAUGGUAUAGUGUGAACAGAACUGUCUAUUCAUUAUCUGAAGAUGAAUGUUAUAUAUUGUUCUCUGACAUUAAUUUUGGGCACUGAA